CCGGCCGAGGGCACGUUUGCCCCCCUGAUCCAUCGCUCCACAGAGGCUGCAGCCGCGACAGACUCGUCUCCAGCCACCAACCAGCGAACACAGCAAGAUGGCCCCCAUCUCCAUCAAGAGCGUCCUGAUCAGCGAGAGCGUGGAUCCACGCUGCAGAGCCCUGCUGGAGGACAGCGGCAUCCGGGUGACGGAGAAGCCGGGCAUGAAGAAAGAGGACUUGAUCGCAGAGAUAAAGGAUUACGACGGUCUUGUGGUGAGAUCCGCGACAAAGGUCACUGCCGAUGUCAUCAACGCCAGUAAUCUUAAAAUCAUCGGCAGAGCUGGCACCGGCGUGGACAACGUGGACGUGGAGGCGGCGACCAGGAAGGGCGUCAUAGUCAUGAAUACUCCCAGUGGGAACACCAUCAGUGCCGCAGAGCUGACCUGUUCUCUCCUGAUAAACCUCUCCAGAAACGUGCCACAAGCUAACAUGUCCAUGAAGGCUGGGAACUGGGACCGCAAAAAGUUCAUGGGCUCAGAACUGUUCGGGAAAGUUCUCGGAAUCGUCGGUCUCGGGAGAAUAGGGAAGGAAGUGGCUUCCAGGAUGCAAUCCUUUGGAAUGAAGACCAUCGGUUAUGAUCCCAUCACCCCGCCAGAGGUGUCCUCCAGCUGGGGUGUGGAGCCCAUGUCCUUGGAGCAGCUGUGGCCUCAGUGUGACUACAUCACGGUCCACACUCCUCUCAUGCCUUCAACAGUCGGGCUGCUUAAUGACGACUCCUUCUCCAAAUGCAAGAAAGGAGUGAAGGUUGUCAACUGCGCUCGCGGCGGAAUCAUCGACGAGGCGGCGCUGCUCCGGGCGCUGGAGUCGGGACAAUGUGGGGGGGCGGGUCUGGACGUUUUCGUGGAGGAGCCGCCGGCGGACCGUGCCCUGGUCAACCACCCCAACGUCAUCAGCUGUCCGCACCUUGGCGCCAGCACCAGGGAGGCCCAGGCCCGCUGCGGUGAAGACAUCGCCCUUCAGAUUGUGGACAUGGUGCAGGGAAAGAAACUAGUGGGAGCAGUCAACGCUUCCGUUCUAGCAAGCACUUUUUCAGCUGAGUCCCAUCAGUUGAUCAAACUGGGAGAAGCUCUGGGACUCGUUCUGCAGUUGUGCAAAUCCUCUAAAGCACUGAGCAACGUCCACAUCACCACUCAAGGAGAUGCCAUGAAGUCCUCCUCUGGGUACAUGACCUCUGCUGUUCUCGUCGGACUUCUGAGUCAGGAGUCCAGCUGCUGCCCAAACCUCAUCAAUGUCCUGAGUCAAGCCAAGGAGUCCGGAGUCUCGGUGACCCAGAGCCACUGUGAGUCAGAGGGAACGUCCUGCGCGGUGGAGAUCCUCACCGGCGACUGCAGCUACAAAGCCGUUGGUUCCGUUCAAGGAGGCGCUCCGGUUUUACUGGGCCUCAAUGGGUUCAUGUUCCGACAGCCAGUCGCGCUCACUGGAAAUCUGAUCAUCUUCAAGGCUGCUGCGGGUCCUCAGCUCCUGUCUUCUGUGGCUGGGUUGCUGGCCACUGCUGGAGUGGAAGUUCUGUCCUUCAGUGCGUCUGCAGAUGGUGCUGGGGAUCCCUGGUUCUGUGUCGGGGUGUCCUCCCUCCUGCCAAGCCUGGAUGUCGUGAAGUCUUCGGUUCAGGACGUGGCACAGCUCAGCAUUUAAGCAAAAAUCUAAAAACUGUCUCACAAGAUGAACCAUGUCUGCCUUAUAGAUGUCCACACUUUUGAUAACAUUCCAUUAAAACGUGUCUAGAGGUCGGACUAACGCACCUGUCCUGAUUUGCUUAGAUCAUUUCAAAUAAAAUGCCGCUGAAC